CGCUUUCGUGGGCCAUGGCCAUGUUAAAAGCGACGUUACCCACACUCCAAGAGUACCCCAGCGAGGUCUCUGGAGGCACGUCCUACGAAGAGCUCUUCGAGGGCAUCGUCCUUUGGCCGCGAGGAACCAGCUGCUGCGGCCGCUGCUUCAAACGCCUCGGAGGCAUUCCGCUGCGCUUUGUUGACCCGAAGAAGGAGUUGGUCUUCCGACAGCAGCAGCGGCAGCACCUGACCAACGCCAUGGGACGGAUUGGACGCGUCGCCUUAGUGGCACAUAUCCUUGCGGUGAUGGCAGAUCUGUCUACCUUUGACCUGACGGACCUGAAUCAGGCAAAUGUAAACUAUUUAUCUUGUUUGAGCCUCGUGGCGAUUCUGUCACUGAUGCAGAUUGUCAUGACCAUACCAGAGGCCUGCGUUCCCAUUCUCUACACGCUUGCCGCGAUUUCCCUCAUGCUCACGACGAGAUCUCGUGCAGCAUUCCUGGCUGGGAUGGAUGUGGUCGAAGCCUUUGGAUCCCAGCUCUCUACGGCCAUUGGUCUCUGCAGUUUAUCCUCUGAUGCCAUCUUGAUCGGAAACUUUGCAUGUCUCAUUGUGAUCUAUUUCGUGGUGCUGCCUGCUCGAGCAGCGGUGAGCCUAUGGUGCGUGCCCUUCUUUCCACUGACUUAUUUGGCUCUGUCAGUACCUGCCCCUCAAGCCGAUGGCAACAUGGCUCGGAAGUUGAAUUUGUCCUUCCGCAUCUUCAUUUGUGCCAUGGUCGGUCUACUGGGCCGCUGCUGGAUCGAAAUCGGCGAGCGGGCCUCGUUCUUACGUUUGGAGCAGGUGCACAAGGACCUCACCAAGGAGAAAAUCUUGCGCGCAGUGGCGGAGCAUGAAAUUGAGCGGGGCCCUUUCUCGUCCUCAUCGACUCCAAACUCCAACCUCUCCAACAGUGGACCACUGUCUGCGACGGCGCCCGUCUGGGACGACGCGCAAUCCGGGGUGACCAGCGGCUUGAGUCGACCCUUAAGCAGCAUCGUGUUUACCCCGAAAACCCGUGAUGCGGCGCCGGUGGCGAUGCAACUGAAAGCCAUGAAAGCCAUGGCGGCGGAAGAGAAGUGGCUCAUAGACUGGGCCGACAUUACCUUUGAGUCCACGUUGUUAGGCAAAGGAGGCUUUGCGCUCGUUCUCCAGGGCCAUUAUGCAGGUUCCAAAGUGGCCGUGAAGCUUCCAUUGGGAGAUCAAUUGAACACGACUGCAGAGGUAUUGGACUUUUGCGGUAAAGAACUGCGUGUCCUGCGGCGCUUGCGACAUCCGUCCAUCGUCACGUUCUAUGGCGCAUGUAUUGAAGAAUCGCGGAGUAUCGUUUUGAUUGUUGAGGAGUUUGUACCCGGUUUGAGCCUUUUCGACGCAAUUCUACAUCGAGAUUCUCCGGAGCUUUCCGAAGGAAAACGCCGCGAGAUCUUGGAAAUUCUCUGCCAAGCUCUGGUAUAUUUGCACGAUCAGGGUCCCUCGAUGCUUCACGGGGAUUUGUCUCCGAAGAAUGUGCUCUUGAGAUCUGGAAGUCUGACUCCGGUGCUGGUGGACUUUGGAAUGAGCGUUCUUCGAAAGUCGCAUCAGAAGAUGUCAGGAGGUUCCCCACAGUGGAUGGCACCAGAACUGCUUGGGUCGUUGGAAGCAGGAGGAUUGAGACCAG